AUGGAGUUAAAUAUGGACAACUCACAGACUCUCUUCAUGUACACAUUUGGUGGGAAGAUGGAGGAGUACUCAGAUACAGCACUUCCGUAUCCGCAUAGAGCUGGGGUGUUGUACCAGGUGUUCAAGAGGGUGGACUUUAUGGAUCAGCCUUCGGACAAGACUGCGAUAUCGCGCAGACGGGUAGCAUGGCUCCGAAGCUUUGACAAGACUUUGGAACCAUGCGUAUCCAAGAACCCGAGGGAGGCGUAUUCGAACUACAAUGAUCUUGAUUUGGGCGUUGGAAGUGCUACGUAUGAAGAAGCAAGUGUUUGGGGAGAGAGAUACUGGAAAGGAGAGAAUUUUAAGAAGUUGAUUCGAAUCAAGGCUAAAGUUGAUCCUCAUAAUUUCUUUAAACACCCACAAAGUAUACCCGUUUUCUCUACACAUCUUGAGAUAUGUAGAAGAAAGUUCGGUUUCACUUAA